ACGCAACGUGUCUAACCAGAGGAGUCAAUAUUUUCUGAUGUCGCAGGCUAUGUAGGUAGCAAACUACUGUCGCUGGCCUCACUGAAUUACUCUUAAUAAUGGUCGUGAAGGAUGCACGUAUUCGCCAAUGUUAGCUGCUGAUGUCCUUUGUCCUUUUUGCUGGCCCACAGUUCCUACCGAUUCAGUAUAUCCAUGUCAAUGAUCGCUUGCUUUCGUGAAACCACCUAGGCAACAAUUACUGUAGGGUGACUUCGGCUCACACAGCAAAGGAAAUGGAUUCACGGGUUUUGGAGCUUUUUGGGAAUGUUACCAAAACAAAAUCGCUGGGAUUAGACUCGAGUUUGGGCAACGGCUAUGGGAUGAAGUCCAAAAAAUUAUGUUCAAAAAACAACAAAAAGGCAAAGAAUCGAGCGACUAGGAAUACGAGGUCUUGCAAAAAUCCACCAUACUUACCUCCGGAGGCUGAAGAAGGAAACAUUGAAUACAAGCUGAAGCUGGUCAACCCCACGCAGUACCGCUUCGAGCACCUGGUGACGCAGAUGAAGUGGCGGCUGCAGGAGGGACGGGGUGAGGCGGUGUAUCAGAUCGGCGUUGAGGACAACGGGCUGCUGGUUGGACUGUCGGAGGAGGACAUGAGAGCCUCGCUCAAGACCCUGCGCAGGAUGGCAGAGAAGGUUGGUGCUGACAUCACAAUUCUCAGAGAAAGAGAAGUGGACUAUGACUCGGACACCCCCAGAAAAAUUGCAGAGGUUUUAGUAAGGAAGGUUCCAGAUGACCAACAAUUUCUGGAUCUGCGUGUUGCAGUGCUAGGCAACGUCGAUUCUGGGAAGUCCACCCUGCUAGGCGUGCUGACUCAAGGUGAACUGGACAAUGGCCGAGGCCGGGCACGUCUCAACCUAUUCAGACACCUUCACGAAAUCCAGACCGGGAGGACAUCUAGCAUCAGCUUUGAGAUCUUGGGUUUCAACAGCAAAGGAGAGGUUGUUAAUUACAGUGAAUCCCGCACAGCAGAGGAGAUCUGUGAGAGCAGCUCUAAAAUGAUCACCUUUAUCGACUUGGCUGGGCACCACAAAUACCUGAAGACCACCAUCUUCGGCCUCACCAGCUACUGUCCAGACUUUGCAAUGCUAGUGGUUGGUGCCAACACCGGCAUUGCGGGCACGACCCGGGAGCACCUGGGCCUGGCGAUGGCGCUGAAGGUGCCCAUCUUCAUCGUGGUGAGCAAGGUGGACCUGUGCGCCAGGGGCACGGUGGAGCGCACCGUGCGGCAGCUGGAGCGCGUGCUCAAGCAGCCCGGCUGCAACAAGGUGCCCAUGGUGGUGUCCACCGCCGACGACGCCGUCACCGCUGCGCAGCGCUUCGCCCAGUCGCCCAGCGUCACGCCCAUCUUUACCCUGUCCAGUGUGUCGGGGGAGAGUCUGGACCUGCUCAAGGUCUUCUUCAACAUCCUGCCUCCACUCAGCAACAGCAAGGAGCAGGAGGAGCUCAUGCAGCAGCUCACCGAGUUCCAGGUGGAUGAGAUUUAUACAGUGCCAGAAGUGGGGACGGUGGUGGGAGGAACUCUCUACAGUGGGAUCUGCAGGGAGGGCGAGCGGCUGGUGGUGGGCCCCACCGACGAAGGCCAGUUCCUGGGGCUGAAGGUUUGCAGCAUCCAGAGGAACCGCUCCGCCUGCCGGGUGCUGAGGGCCGGCCAGGCCGCCACCCUGGCGCUUGGCAACUUUGACCGCUCCCUGCUUCGCAAGGGCAUGGUGAUGGUGAGCCCAGAGAUGAACCCCACUAUCUGCUGGCUGUUUGAGGCUGAGAUCGUCCUGCUCUUCCACGCCAGAACCUUCCGGAAGGGCUUCCAGGUGACGGUGCACGUGGGGAACGUGAGGCAAACGGCCACCGUGGACCGCCUGCAGGGGAAGGAGGAGCUGCGAACGGGUGAGAAAGCGGUGGUCCGCUUCAAAUUCAUCAAGCACCCAGAGUAUCUGAAAGUGGGCGCCAAGCUGCUGUUUCGAGAGGGCGUGACCAAAGGCAUCGGCCACGUCACCCACCUGCAGCCUGUCUCCCUUUAUCAGCACCACCCCUGAAGGCGAGGGGAGAGAGGAAAACGCACGGGACCCGUCCCCCCCCCACCCGGACAUCCUCGGCUCUGCCCCAGUGGCACAGGAGGGAGCUGCCAUGAUAGGUUCAGUGUCUACAUCCUUCGCUCCAACUCCAUCUCCAAAGCCUUUCUCUCUUUUAUUCCAGUCCGUUUUUAAAUACAGUUUACUGCUUUGUUUUGUACAGUUUGCGCUGCCGUCCCUGGGCUAAAAAUCUGCUUUUGCGUCCAACUGACUGAGGUUUUCAGUUUUGAAUUAAUUGCAUUUUAUCAUUUGAGGAAAAAAUAUGUUGUUCUUUGUCAAUUAUUGAUUGGGGAAAUCAUUGUCAGGCCUCUCCACGUGGCAUGUCUGUCCCUUUUGUUUGUAACGACUGUGUACAGUAACAGCCACCAGGCUUGAAGUCACCUAUUCCUCGGCUGGGUGGAGUGUCGGCAUGUUGUUGUUUUUACAUGGCAUACAGUAGCAAAAAUGUGCCCAAAACUGUCACAUCUUUUACAACCAGACAAAGCACUAUUAUUACUAUAUAUGUUAAUGUUCAGAUUAUCCAAAUAAAAGAAAUAUAUUUUACAUAACCGUACGUACUAUAUAUAAUGUUAUACACAAAGAUGUAUUUAUAUUGCACAAUUAUGAUGCAAGAAGUUGCAUACAUGAAAGUGGCAAUAAUUUGUAUGGUUAAAAGUACAUACUGUACAUUUUGACAUAUUUAAAAAAAUGUUUCUUGUCUUUUGGACAUACCUACCACAUGUUGACUCCUCAUUACAUGUUGUGCUUUACCAAACCAAAUAUCACCAUGCCAGCAGAGUCUGGAGGGGGUAGUCGUUAUGUUCUGUGGACUCAACUGCAGUGGUGGGUGUUCCUUUUUAUCCACAUCAGCAAGUUUCUCCGCAUUCGUUUUUGGAAUGUGCUUGGAAUGAGUGUUUUCUACCAGAAAAUAGCAGCGCUGUCCCAGGAAUGAUCAAUAGGCUGAAUGAUUUUGUUGGCGUGACUUGCUGGCCAGGAA